UGCUUGAAAAAGCCAGCUGUGUACAACGGUUGGCAAUGGCUGGGUUGGGUUAAAAUCUUCCUGGCUUGUUUUCCUCUCAAAAGUCUUCAUCAGAUAAAGGCUUAGAAUAUUUGAAGGUUUACUUUCCUUCAAAGAUGGCAAAAGAGCCAGAGCCUCACCUGGUGUAAGCUGAUGUUGCUCUAUUGUCUUCAGUAAAGAGAUACCAAUUUACACCUGCCAAUGAUCUGGCCCUGAGCUAAGCAGCAUCUGUUGCUUGGGUAUUUCAGGGGAUGCAUCGUGGUGGGCACCGGCACUAAGUUAUUCAUUUUGUUCCCACUUCAGCAAAGCUCUUAUACACGGGCUUAAGCCAUUCGGAGUUUUUUAAAUUGACUAAAAAUUACAAUCGGACCUAAAUACCUUUAAAUAAGCAUCUCUGCUUUGUCUAAGAUACACACUGGCUGCUCCCCGACAUGGCUGAUGUCUGAAAAGUACUAUGGACACAAACAUUAUACACAAAUCUCUUGCUGCUAUUGUUCAUGGCUCCUACUGCAUAGUUCGGAUGCCCCAAGGCAGGAGAGGAGUUGUAUAUCUGUUAAGUGGCUUAUCUGUUCAGUUCUACUUCCUCCAUGUCAGGUCUCCUGCUUUUAGUGUCAUCUGUACAUUCGACAUCAGCAAAAUCUCAAGUUAAACCUUAAAAAAAAAAAAAAUUCUCGCAGGUUGACUUUAGGAGCUGUAUAUUAGGCCAGAUAAAAAGCACCUACGAAAGAAUGAGGUAACUCCAGGUUUAACCCAAAAAACAAUUAAACCCCACAUUUCUUAUUCCUAAAAUCCACCCUUCUGGCCUUAGAGACAUAUAGAAUUUAACAAGGAUGAGGGAAGGGGUUGAUUUUCAAAGGCACAAAUUGAGUUAGGUGCCCAAUUCUUACUGAAAGUCACUGGGCUUUAGUCAGCUCAUGUGCCCCCAAACUGAGAAGACACUAUAGCACUUCACAGCAGUUAGUGCAAAACCCUAUAAUGCUUGAUGGAGAAUGAGAUUCUUUCGAAAGGAUUAUUUUGAGCUAUCCUAUAGAAUUAUCUAGCAAGCAUAUGCAUUUUAUAGGACAGUUCAGUGAACCUAUGGAGAGCUUAUCAUGCUCCGUUAACUUCUAGCAGGGCACGUCCAUUAAAACAAAACCACUUUUUCAGCCAGGAUCAAGGCGGGUGAAUCCCAUCUCUCACUGGAAGUCUGGGGACAGCCCCUUUCUUUCUACAGAUCCAACAUGAUUUCAAGUAAUUUGUCCUGAAUGAAGAAUCAGGAGAAAAAUAAUUCCCCUUCCUAAAAUUGCUGGACUUGCUAACACAGAGAAUAUUUGUUUCAUAAAGUCUAUUAUCCUCUGUGGUGGAAUUGUAAGCCAAGACAUAUUUAACAUGAACUACUUAAAACUAGACUAGACCAGACUCGACAAAGCACUGGACAAACAUACUAGAGAGGGGACAGGCUUGCACAGACACAGGGGAGAAGAUAAGCAAAUCGGUGUUUCCCAUAAUCUGAUUCUAUAAACAGCAAACUACUACAUACAGUAAAUGAGCAGGUAUUGCUGUAACCCUAUUUCUCACCAAUGACCUUCCAACCUGCUUUGUCUGUCAAAAGAGAAACCGCCCCCUAGUGGAAAUGUACUUGCAGUCAAUGGAAUGAUUCACUUAUAAUUGGGAAAGCCAGGUGAUACAGGUAAGUCACCUCCAGACAGGAAGGUAUAAAAGACACCUGAAUAAGAGAGGCAGGACACUCACACAUACACUGGGAGCAGCUGGAGAUCAUUCACCCUACCAGAUCAACCUCACCUGGAAGCUUAUCCACAAACUAGCAGGAGACUUGGAUAUCAGAAGACAAGCAGAGACGACUUAUGAAUAAAAAAAGCUGAGACUAAACACAUCCUCUGAGGAGGAGAAACAUCAGGGAUAGAAAUCAAGAGACAUAACAUGCUUUUCACCUGCUAAACUGCACUCCGUACAGGCUUUUGCACGGGUGCCUGCCACCGUAAUACCUGAGCGCCUCCCAGGCUAAUAGAUUGGCAUAGCAAAGUCCCUAGUUGACUUCAUGGAGUCUUCUGCUCUUCUCCUCCCUUCUCAGAUUAUGGGAAGCGGCACUUGGGGGUCGGUCAUGUCGUGCUUCCCCCAAAUGCGGCGCACCGAGACGCCAGAUUCCCCCACCAGCCCCGUUCCUGCCGCUCUGGAUGAAAUCCCCAUUCCUAUUAGCCCCAUCAUAGUCACCUCCCCCACCGACAGCAGAAAGCUCAGCUCCCCGACGUCCAGCCUUGCCUCCCCCAAACCGACCUCCCCCAUCGAGUGCUCCAUCUGCUUCAAUACCUACGACAACAGCUUCAAGACACCCAAGCUGCUCCAAUGCUCGCAUGUCUUCUGUCUGGAGUGCGUGGCCCGCUUGACCUCGGCCCUGCCCCAGCCCCGUGUUGAGGACCAGCUGCCCUGCCCCCUCUGCAGGCAGCUCACGGAGAUUCCCCUUGAGGGCCCUCCGGCUCUCCAGACCAGCCAGGAGCUCCUGUCCACCCUGCCCCCCGAGUACCAACGGGAGAAGGUGGUGUGGAUGGAAGGCAGCAAGCUGUGCUGCAGGCAGUCAUCCCAGGACCCAGAAGACCCCGACGCAUGCAUCUGCCUUGACGUGGCCAUGAGCAAGCCCAAUCCCCCCAUGACGCCGACAGAGGGCAUGGCUGGGAGGCUGUCCCGCUGUGCCAUGUGCGACGACUGGAAACGCAUCGUCCUCCUCUCGGCCCUGGUCAUCAUUUUGCUGUGCAUCAUUCUGUGGCCGGUGCAGUGUGCCCUGAAAACUGGGAACCUCCGCUGCUUCUCAAGGACGGUUACUUUCAGCAGGCCAAACCCUGUUUCGUUUACAACCCCGCCAGUGCCUGGGACCAGCCCGCCCUCUCGCUAACGCCUCACCCCACUGAGCUAGGUCAAGCCGCUGCCUACUGGAUUUCACCAACAUACCUCACUGCCAAGCUGUAGCAGCCCCUGUUCCCGGCCUACACACGGCUCCACCUCUGCACUGGGAAUGUCACCUGAACCUACACGGUUAAUCCAGCCCCUCGCUUUCACACAGCUCUGCCAUGCAAAGGCGGGGGGUGGGUGGGAGAGAGAGGAGAGAUUCGUGCAUAGCCGUAUAUUGAUCCACUGCUUCACCUAAAUCUCUAGCCCUCCAAAACGCUGCACAGAUAACGGAGCCUUGAAGACUUGCACAAGGGCACGUUUCUACAACUGCUGCUUCCUGGGAAAGGUGCACAUGCCUCAAACUGCGGGGCUGUUGCCGUCAGGAUACAGCUGUGAAUGGGCUCGGCCCUUUCAACUCACUGAUGGAAAGGAAGGGCUAACGGAAGGGUUGUUUUCUUGGAAACCGACAACGCUGAAAACGGGCCUGGAUGGGAUUAUUUCUCAGGGAGAGAAAUCCAUCUGCCCUGGGAAAGAAGCAUGCUAAAGCUGUCUGUAUCUAUAAAGUGACAAUAUUUAAUUUUAUACCAUGUGCUUUAUUAAACAUUUCAAUAGUAGAUUGGUUAGUGUUAAACCUAUUGCUGGGAGGUGUUAUUUACCUGCCUCUGCUUGAUAUUUGGGUUAGUACUAGCUCUUUACUCUGCUCAGCAAAACAAGACUCAGCUCCAAGAAGACCCUGCUCUCCUGACCAGGCACUUGGGCUUUAAAGUUCUUUGUAAUUUUUUUUGUGGAAUUGCCCACAAAUGAGGUUCUUAAAAACAGAAAUUUCUGCAUAUUUUUGUUGCAAAGCCAUCUCUGCUUAAUAUUCAGCUGGACCACUUUUUUUUUAAUUCAAACCCAAACAGGGGAUGGGAGGGAGUAGUUUAUUUCGCUAACAUGCAAAAAGCCUAGCCCUCUCAGGGGUUACCAUUUCAGAGAGAAUUUUGCACAGCUCAAUUUAAAAUGUAGUAGCCGACGUACAAGAGAAAAACUAGAUCAUUCUCCCAGACAUCGCAAAAAUGUCAGUCUAGCUCUGUAACUUUAAUACCAUCACCUUUUAAAACCACUAGGGUACGAUACAGGGCAGUUGCUCCAACUAGGUGUUUAAUGGGAUGACUUCUGCGUUGCUCAGACGUGAGGGGCUCAGUGAGCAAUAAGCCAUUGUUAGAGUAAAGGGACCUGAUAAUGCAGUUUAAGAGAAUAAUUUAACAUAGCCAGCAUUAGAUGCAAGUGCUGUAAUGGCGUUUAGAUGCUUUGUACAUUUUACAGAGGUGUCACUGGCUGCAGAAGUUAACCCCAUGACUUUGCUCCUUCUUCUAGGUGCUCUUUAGGGGUGUUAAGCUUAAAAUCCAGAUCAGAUGCUAAUUGCAUUUCCACAAAUUCUGCAACAAUCCAGUACUCAGUGCCCGGCUGAAUACAAUAAGCCAAGAUAGAGGCUCAGAAGUGCUCUAAAGUAAUAAAUGUUUACACUGAUCAUCAACUUGCAACUACACUCCCCCACCCUCAGUGGCCCUGCUGCAGUCUGGUCAUAUUAUUGCAGCCAUCUGAA